AUGGUCUCAUUUGGCGAGUUGGAGGAUCUUUUGUUGCAGGACGCGGACCGACAGCAGAUAAAUCCUAGAGGUACAGAUAUCGACGUCCAAUAUCUCUCAUCUCAACUCUACCAAGCGCUUGAGUUUGGAAAGAUUUCACCAUUCCGCUACAAUACCAGUGUUGUCGCGAUUAUGCUUUGGAAUUCAUUGUUCUAUUUCUUCCUUGGUACAGCCAGUGCCUGGACCCCACAAUCUAGAGUGGCUGCGAGGGCCAACGGCGAACAGCUUACUGAGCGAUGGCUACCGAGCGAUAAAAAGAUCCGUGGAGUCAAUCUCGGCUCGCAAUUCAUCAUUGAACGAUGGAUGGCCGAAGAAUCAUGGAAGACCAUGGGCUGCAGCGCCUACAAUGAUGAGUGGCAAUGCGUCAAGGGUAUUGGUCAAGCCAAAGCCAACGCCGCCUUCAAAAAACACUGGGAGACUUGGAUCACAGAGGAUGAUAUCAAGCAGAUUGCAAGUCUUGGUCUCAAUGCCGUACGCAUUCCUGUAGGGUACUGGAUGCACGAAGAUAUUAUCCAAGAUGGCGAAUACUGGCCCCGAGGCGGCAUCUGGCAUCUUGAUCGUAUCGUGGGCUGGUGCAAGGACCACGGUAUCUACGUUCUGAUCGGCCUUCACUCUGGUCCUGGCAUCAGCUCCCCAAAUGAGCAGUUUACAGGUCAUUCUGUGCCUGAUCCUGGAUUCUACACUCCGGAGAACUACGAGAGAGCGUACAAAUUCCUUGAGUGGAUGACAAAGCGCAUCCAUACCAACGGCAACUAUACCACUGUUGGAAUGCUCGAGGUUUUGAACGAGCCUGUACAUGUACCAAAGUGGAAGGACGAGGCAGCAGACAUGAUCAAGAAUUACUAUCCCAACGCAUACAAGCGAAUUCAAGCUAUGGAGGGCUACUUGAAGGUCCCGGCUGCAGACCGCUUACACAUCCAGUUCAUGGCAAGUACUCUCCAUAUCCCUGAGACAGGCAAGUCGUGGGGAUCAGGAGAUCCAAGAACCUCUCUCCCAGAUGAAGAUACAGUCUUCUUUGACGCACACCGAUAUCUAAGUUUCGACAACAGGAUUGCUGGCAACAAGAAAGCGUACAUCCAGACCGCAUGUAAAGAUGAUAUGGGGAGACAUGUUUUCGUUGGUGAAUGGUCUCUAUCAGUGAACAGCACUUUGAAAAACACAGACGAGUUCAAGGUUGAUGGGCAAGAAACGUGGUACAAGGCGUAUUGGGCUGCACAAGCAGAGUCCUUUGAAAAGUCUGAUGGAUGGUUCUUUUGGUCUUGGAAAUGUGAUGGUAAGCUGGGCAAACAAGACUGGCGGUGGUGCUAUCAGUCCGCUGUUGCCGCAGGGGUUAUUCCAAAGGAUGCUGGCAGCGCUGCGAGUCUGAGUCCCUGCGCUAGAUAUACUUAG